AUGUCAACAGGCGAAGCGCAGCAGCUCAUACAGAAGCUUCUCCUGGAGGCGCUAGCUCGACGUCUCGCUCAACCCAAGUGGCUCUCCCUUCUCCAUCAGUUGGUGCGUCGCAUCGAAGCUGCACAGGAUGAUGACGGCACGUUUGACGUCAUCCCGUCACUUGAGGGCUCGCAUGCUGCCGAAUGCCUCGUCAAAUAUCUAUUGUCACAAUCCUUCAUCGACCCGUUGCUAAUCGAGUAUCUGCAGGCGCUCAUAUACGGCAGCGCCAAUCGAUCUGGCGUCAGUCCAGAUCAAGGCCCUAUCACCGACGUCAUGACUGUCACCCUUCAUCUCCUUGCCAAUGUCCAAGCCGCAGCAUCCAACGUUCCAGCUAUCGAGAUAAUAUCUUCCGUCAUCGGCCAGGGGCUUCUCAUGACCUUUCAGGCGCCCGUUCCCUUUCGCGUUUCCAGCCCUUCCUUUCUCGCUCUGCUGCAACGCUUGUUCGCAGAUCCCACCUACGAGCAAGAUCAGACUCCAAGCUUUCCAGUGGACCAUGUCGAUACCGGGGCCAGCGACAUCAAGGUCGCUCCUGCAUCUCUGGGAUUUGUCGUAGCCAAUCUCCGCCUGCUCGCUCUUGCCGCCGACCCGGCCAUUGCUUCUCCACAGAACUUACUCGCUCCACGUGUCUCCAUCACGGUCCUCAUCAAUGUCGGUCAAGGUCUUCUCGCAUACGUUACACAGAUCUUGUCCGCAGCCCAAACGGCUAAGAAUGACAAGCUCAAGCCCGAUGGUGCUAUACUGCAGCAGUUGAGGUCCAUGGCAUCGACCUCGCUCACCGAAAUCGAAGCAGUGCUACGCUCCAUGAAUCCAGCGUGGAAGGACGAGAUCGCGCUCUUGCGCUCUCUGACCAGCCAAAUUGGUGUCAUUGACCAAAUUAGCGAGAGCUUUGCAGAGGCGAACACAUCCAAGCUCUCCACACGUCCCACAAAGAGGAAACUCGAGACAUUACAGGAUGCACAGCAGAGAGCGACGUGGGAUCAUUUUCUCGACGUUUCCACGAUAGCUGCAUCUGAGAAGCCAGCCGUUGAGCCCGAGACGGCGUUGCUCAUGCAUUUACUUGUGGAUCAUCACACUUCCUGGGACUUCAAGCUGGACGCGAUCAAGACACUCUUUCUUGCUCGACGAAGUGCAGCUGCUCCCUCUUUAACGCUGGAAAAGUCGCUCACCGCGUUCUACUUUGAACUGCUUGUCGCAGCCAUCGAUGCGUGUGCUGCCGUUGUCGAGAUGCCCCCGGCAUUCAAAGGCGCCGAAGUCUACGCUACCAUUUGGAGGAACGCACUGUGCGGCAUGAUUCCCGAACUCGUGCUACAGCUCGAACAGUGGCUCGAUGGAAACCAAGAGUUGCCGUUGCGUGGACAGAGGCUUGAGGCACCGCACGUCCGUCUUGAAGCCGCCCUUCGAGCUGCUCUGCUCGUCAUGUCGGAUCGUCUCAACGUGUGCGAGAGUGCCACGAACCAAUCACAUGCACACGGCAAUGUCGCUGCUACCAACGGUGAAGAAGCAGCAGGUGCUCAUGCGAACAUGAUGUCCGACGUACUAGGCUUGGGCACACCGCCGUCGCAGCCCAUCAGGGCGUGGCUGUUGCGAGCUUGCAUCGAGCAUUCGCUAGCACGGCCGGAAGCGAUCGCGGACGAAUUUGCCAACGGGCACAAGCUCGCUUCCGAGGUACAGAGUUUGACGCAGUCGCUCCGCAUGGAUGCACAGCUCGAAGGACUCGCGCUGAACACUCUCUUCGAGACACGAAUCCCUACAGACCACCCAGUGGAGCUGUUGCAACGCGUGGCAUCCGAUCCGGGAACUCACUUCAUCUUUGCACGCCAGCUUGUUUUGCAGGUGCAGGGCUGGUUGGAACAGCACGACCUUGAGAGUAUCGCGAGAUGGUGCAAAGCGUUGACCGAGAAUGCUUGUGAGGGCGGCGCUAUGCUGGACACAAUCAUGAUCUAUAUUGAUCCGGCCCAAAUGCUCGAUCCAUUGGCAAGCAUCUUGGAUCACCAAGAUCUCGGUCAGACGAGCGACGAGCCUUCGACGCUGUCCGACAUCUUGCUGUUUGUUCAACUACUUUGUUAUCGAUACUCGACUCCAAUUACGCGCAUCUCGCGCUAUACGGUUUCGAAUCACGACAUGGACACGGUCGACUCUUCUGCUCCUCUGCACAGAUCUAUGCCACCCUUCCUAGCAACACACCUUGCCACCUCGUCGGUCAGCUAUCCGCUUUCGGUACUGUCCGAAGAAGACCGUGGCCUAGUUUCACGUUGGAUUCACGCCCUCUUUGGCAACGAAGGCAUCUCGGACGACCUCAUCUCCGCAUCCCCGCCCACAACGCUACUUCGUCUCUCUCCUCUGCUUUUCUCGCAAAGCAUUUCGGCGUGCCAACACGGCAUCAUUGACCUAGAAACGCUGCGAGGAGGACUGAGCUACUUCCUCCAAGAUCUGCUCUCGUUCGCUCUUCCAGGUGCACUCGUCUGGCUACUCUCCGAGAUCUCUCGAACACCACUGCAGCCGAUCCUGGAUUUCUUGUCUGAGUCCGGAUUGCAAGCGUCGGUGGUGGAUGUACCGAGCAGCGAUGGAACGUUGGCCAAUGGGCUACCGAGGAAUGCUACAUCCAAAAGCGUGUGUUUGGAAGUGUUGGCACUGCUGGUAGAUACUGAUGCGUGUCCAUCCAGUGUCAGGCAGCUGAUUGCCAAAGCUUUCGAUGCAUUCGUAAGCACGAUCGAGGCGGAUGUUACAGCAGCGCCACAGUUGGCUGUGGGAUGCGAGACUUUCAACCUAGCUUCUUUGAAGGCGAGGAUGGAAGGAGCGGGUGUAACAGCGCGUUUGCUCAGCGAAACUGGGGCGUCUUGGUUGCAAAGUGUGGCUGCGGGUCACCAAGAUUCGAGAUCCAAGUUGUUUUCGAUGCUGACGACACUGCAACCGUCUGUGCACGCAAUGGAUAGACUCAUUGGUGCAUUGAAGAGCGGCCAAGUUGGACGAAACGGUCGAGAUCAAAAGGGCUUAGCUGCGUGGCUGUGUUUCAUUGCACCUGCUAGCGAGCCUACUUCGGCGUUGAGGUUUGUUCAGAGGUUGGAGCUAGGCGAUAUUGAGGAGAGUGCGAUCGAGGGCGUGGUUCGAAUUGUUGGGUUGGUGGUUGGGUUGAUCAUGGCGGCUGAGGCGCAGCGUGCGACGACGGACGCUGUUGCCGACGACCUUCUGGCGCUUGCUAGAGCUGCGGAUACCAACGCACGAGGUACCAAAGCUACGGUCGCCGAUACGACAGCUGCUGCACGUCCAGCCGAAGCAGACUUGUUCGACGAUGAACCCUGCUCACCUCAACCUCCUCACGCCGCGGCCAACGCGACGUCGCACACUAGCAACGCAGCACCGACUGUCACAUCAGCAGCCUCGCUCCUCGCAAGUGGCGAGCUUCGCACCACGUCAAAGCAGGUCUUGGACAUGAUGGCGUUGAAACUGGUCCGAUUCCGAUCGCACAUGCUUGGCGAGAAGAACGCCAAAUCCACGACCAUCAGUGCCAAGUGGGCCACUUUACAAAGCGCGAUCGCCGACCACUUGGCUGGGGGUGAAGCAUGGCAUGGUGCACAACAAUGCAGAGAGCGUACGCAGAACGAUGCGCCAGUGAACGGUGGCAAAGAUGCUGAUAGUGGCAGUGGCUUGAGUGCGUGGCUCUCGGCGAUGUCGUGA